AUGCAAAUAUACAAUAAAGAAAGGGUGCAAUUGCAAAACUACGAAGCAAGGUAGAAGUAAUAAUCCAGUACCCACACCACACGCCAAUUCUGUGCAAGUAAUUUCUGGUCUAUGCAUAUUAAUAGGGGUUUGGAUCUCUUCCUCACUCUGGUCUCUGCUUCUUUCCCUCCCAUCCCACGGAAAACCAAUCCUCCGCCGGCGAGGAAUCUCGAAUUGCCGGAACCCUAGAUUCUCUAAUCCAAACCGUCAAUCGAAAUAGCUUUCUCUCUCUGAAGAUGGCUUCGAUUCCACUGGUACACUCAAACCCCUCCAAACCAACCAUGUUCACUCUGAACUCGAAUUCACGUGAGUCUCUUUUCAUGACAAAGCUCUCUCAAAACUCCUUUUUGAACUCGAAUUCUCUCUCUGUGAUCGUCAAACGACAGUCCUGUUUUGUGACCAAGCUCUCCAAAUCCAAUGGAGGCUCUCUGUCGGCAUUCGCGUGUUCCACGUCUUCACCGUUCAUCGGCAGAGUUGGAUUGCAGAGAAGAGAGGGUAAUUUCUCGUUGCUGUCCUUUGGAACAAACCCUAGCCAUUUGUCAAAAGUAGGACUCAAGACCGAUUCUUCGCAAAUUUUGUCUGCAAUGCUUCCUUUUGUAGUUGCGCUCACUGCAAUUGCUGCUCUCACUCAGCCUUCAACAUUCACUUGGGUAUCAAAGGAAUUGUAUGCCCCUGCUCUUGGAGGUAUCAUGUUGUCGAUCGGAAUAAGGCUAUCCAUUGACGAUUUUUAUCUUGCAGUUAGAAGACCUUUACCUCUAUCUGUUGGGUUUAUUGCGCAGUAUAUGCUGAAACCAGCCCUUGGGGUGUUGGUGGCAAGGGCAUUCCAUAUGCCUCCAAUGUUCUAUGCUGGUUUUGUCCUCAUGUCUUGUGUUGCAGGGGCUCAGCUAUCCAAUUAUGCUAGUUUCUUGAGCAAGGGGGAUGUGGCCUUGAGCAUUAUCUUGACAAGUUCAACCACCAUAGCAUCAGUUCUUGUUACUCCGCUUUUAACAGGCCUUCUCGUUGGGUCUGUUGUUCCGAUCGAUGCAGUUGCCAUGUCUAAAUCAAUUUUACAGGUUGUUCUUGUUCCUGUCACUCUUGGGCUUUUGCUCAAUACUUAUGCAAAAUCUGUUGUAAACAUUCUUCAGCCUGUGAUGCCGUUUGUUGCAAUGAUUUGUACUUCAAUGUGUAUUGGCAGCCCUCUUGCUAUUAAUCGGAGUCAUAUUCUUUCUACUGAGGGCCUGCAAUUGGUUCUUCCAGUGUUAACAUUUCAUGCGGUGGCAUUCACCUUGGGAUACUUAAUCUCCAAAAUUCCACUUUUGAGGCAAGAAGAAGAAGUUUGCAGAACAAUUUCAUUGUGCACGGGAAUGCAGAGUUCGACAUUGGCAGGGCUUCUUGCCACCCAAUUCCUUGGGAGCAGUCAAGCGGUUCCCUCAGCAUGCUCGGUAGUUGCCAUGGCUAUCAUGGGCCUUUGUCUUGCAUCUUUCUGGGGCAGCGGCUCUCGAAUCAGAGGCCUACCAUUUCUUUACAUCCUGCAAGCUGGUUCUACUGUCAAGGCUUAGUGGAGCAACUUUUGGUUGCUUACAUGGUGUUUGGAUAAACUAAUAUAUGACUGAAGAGGAGCCUGUGAUCAUGUGUUUAUCGUGAGCAAGUUCAGUGACAUAGUAGAUACAGAGUAAGGAAGAGAUGAAAAUGUAAAGCGGGAAAGAUAUUUGUGCUUGGAAGCAGAUGAUUGUACAGAAUUUGUACAGAAUCUAGACGUAAAAGAGCUCAUAUGUACCAGCUGCACCUAUGGUCAUUGAUGUGUAGUAACUUAGUCAUAUGCAUUAGAAAAGUAAUGUGGAUAAAAUCUUUUGUAACCAAUGAUUUACUUCUCUCCCUCCCCCUCAA